CCGCUUCAUUAUACAAUGGCACAAUGAGGAAUGCUACUGUUUGCUCGGUUUCACCUGAAGCCUCCAUGUGAUGUCACAACGCGAGACCCGAGUAACAGGAUCGGGGACAUUUCUCCCCUACUUAAACCUGACACAUGGAGCGCGCCGCUGUGGAUGCGUUUUGGAGAGGGAUCCCGUCAUUUCCAUCCUUUGACAAAAUGGCAAGUGUGUUUGCCUACGAGAGCUCUCAAAUUGACUGGUGUGAGGACAACUACAAAAAUUCAGAGAAUGUUGUGGAAUAUUUUAACACGAUGAGCAGUUUGAUAUUCUUUGUGAUCGCACCCAUAAUGCUUUACCUGCUACACCCAUAUGCCAAGGAAAGAAACCUGGCUGUGCACCUGGUCUGGAUCAUGAUGGUCUUUGUAGGUAUCUUCUCCAUGUAUUUUCACAUGACUCUGAGUUUUAUGGGCCAGAUGCUUGAUGAGCUUUCAAUCCUGUGGGUCUUGGCUCUUUGUUACUCCCUGUGGUUCCCACGCAAACACUUCCCUUCUUUUAUUAAGGACAGGAAAUCCUUCAGCCAUAUGGUCCUGAUCAUCACUGUCAUAAGCUCUUUGUCCUCUUUUGUCAAACCUACAGCCAAUGCCUACGCUCUCAACUGCUUCACCAUCCAUAUCCUCUACUUUCUGUUUGUGGAAUUAAGGAAUUGCACAGAUCAGAAAGUGCUGCGUCUGGCCUGGGCGUCCGUUGGCCUGUGGGUUCUGGCCAUCUCCUGCUGGAUUAGCGAUCGCUUUGGCUGCAGCUUCUGGCAGAAACUGGACUUCUGUUAUCUGCACGGUAUCUGGCAUAUUCUGAUUGUGAUGGCCACCGCUUAUGCUAGUACUCUGGUGGCUUACCUGGACGCUAGUCUGGAGAUCCCUUAUUCCCUACCUGACCUGCAGUACUGGCCACGGAAUAAAUGGUCCAUUGGGCUUCCUUACAUAGCCCUCAAAGGCACCACAAAGACACGGAAAAGAUGUUAGCAUGCAUGACAACAUGAACUGAUAUAACCUCAUAUAUAUAAAGCAGGCUGUAAAGCUGAUUUAGGACCAGCCUUUACAUUUCCAAAAUGGUGAAUCAAUUUUUAUGGGCAGGAAGGAACUGAUCCUAGAUCAGACACUGUGCAUUAUAUGAACACUGAAAAGAAACUUGUUAUAUGAAACAAGUGUUGUGCUGAAUUGUUGCAGAUUCUGGAACUUUCUUCAUAUUUCUCACAGAACCUGAAACUGAAGUGUGUGUGAGUGAGUGAGCGAGUGUGUGUGUGAAUGUUUCUAAUGCAAGUGACUGUUCAUAUUCUCAUCUUUACAGACAACAUGCUGUUGUUAUGUGAAAAUGAAUAUUUGCACUUUUGAAUGCAUGUAGAAAACUUUCUGCAUUUUACUUGAUUUACUAAUUUUUUCAACAGAGAAAAUUGUCUUAAGCAACU